AUGGACAUCGCCACCGACCUCCGCGACAUCAUAGAUUGCCCGCCCACAGAAGCCCCUUAUACUGCCCUAAAGGAGGCUCUCAUUUCCCGCAUUUCCCUCUCAACGCAAAAACGUCUCCAACGCUUAAUUUCUGAGGGGGACCUCGGUGACAGGAAGCCUACGCAACUUCUUAGGCGUUUGGAGCAGUUGGCAGACGGACAAAAGCUGGAUGCCACCAUGUUCAAGCAACUUUUCCUCCAACGGUUGCCUCCUUCUGUGCAAGCCAUCCUUGCGCCUAACAUUCCUUCAUCGACUGUUCAGAUGCUCGCGGAGACUGCUGACCGUAUACUCGAGUACUACCAGCCUCCUGUUACGGUUAACGUCGCUAGUCGAAGCACAACUGCCCCCACAAUCGAGGAUGUUGUCAAACGCCUGGAUGCCCUCACUCUCGAAGUUUCCCAGCUCCGGGCCACUCGCGUCUAUAACCCUCGUAGUCCUGCAAUUUCUCGCCGCCCGAGAUCUCCCACUCCAAACAAACGUACAGUUGAUGGUUUCUGUUGGUAUCAUCACAAUUAUGGUUCUAACGCCCAUCGCUGCCACUCUCCGUGCAAAUAUAAAACACCCGCGUCGGAAAACCCCCCUGCCGACCAGUAAGGGCGACGAACGUGGUCGGCACAUCCUCUCCCAGUCGCUUACUCCACAUCUAUGACAGGACUUCCUGUCGUAAUUUUCUCGUGGAUACUGGUGCGGAGAUCAGUCUAAUCCCACCCACCUUGACUGACCGUAAGUCACCAAAUUCUUCAUUUUUCCUCCAAGCAGCUAACAAUACUUCUAUUAAAACUUUUGGUCAACGAUCCCUAACACUAGCUUUGGGUCUAAGACGUUCAUUUCGUUGGCUAUUUACUAUCCCUGAUGUCCAUACUGCCAUUCUCGGCGCUGAUUUUAUAUCCUUUUUCGGUCUCCUCGUUGACAUUAAGUCCCAUAAAUUAUUUGAUCCUAAGACUUCUUUACAUUGUAAUUGUUCCACUCGUACCCUUUCGUCACCUAAUCCACGCAUUUCAACAAUCCCUUCGUCUACUCCCUAUCAUCGUUUACUUUCGGAAUUUCCAUCUAUCACACGACCUUCACAAUUUAACCAACCUAUCAAGCAUUCUGUUGUACAUUAUAUUUCAACUACUGGAUCACCCGUGUUUAGCCGUCCCCGUCGUUUAGCCGCCGAUAAGUUAGCCAUAGCCAAGGCUGAAUUCAGCCACAUGAUGGAGCUAGGCAUAGUUAGGCCUUCCACCAGUCCAUGGGCUGCACCUCUACAUAUGGUGUGCAAAAAGUCUCUCGUUGACUGGCGCCCAUGCGGGGAUUACCGACGGUUAAACACCUCCACUGUGCCUGACAGGUAUCCACUUCCCCAUCUCCACGACUUUUCAUCUAGCCUACCUGGAGCAACAAUAUUUUCCAACAUUGACUUAGUCAAAGCUUUCCAUCAGAUACCCGUUGCUCCAGAAGACAUUCCCAAAACAGCGAUUACAACACCGUUCGGCCUGUUCGGGUUUGUCAGGAUGCCUUUUGGGCUACGCAACUCCGCCCAAACUUUUCAACGUUUCAUCAACGAAGCCCUCCGCGAUCUACCGUUCGUUUUUGUCUACGUCGACGAUGUUCUGGUAGAAAGUUCCAGUGAACACGAGCACCUACAACAUUUGCGUCUCAUUUUUGAACGAUUGAGCCAAUUUGGCGUUUUCAUUAAUGUUUCUAAAUGCGUUUUUGGCGCACAGUCACUGUUUUUCCUAGGACAUCGCGUAGAUGCUUCUGGUUGUCACCCCAUAGAUGCCAAAGUUUCAGCUAUUCGCGAUUUCCCUACUCCCACUUCUUUUCAACAACUGCGCCGUUUUAUAGGCCUUGUCAAUUUCUAUCGACGUUUCAUCCCUCAUUGUGCUCAAUUAAUGCUACCACUUUCUAACCUUUUACGCGGGAACAACCGUGAGUUUUCUUUUCCUGACACAGCUGUAGAGGCUUUCAAUCGUGCGAGGAAGGCUCUUGCGGAUACAACUGUCCUUGUUCACCCUAUACCUGAUGCCCCACUUUCCAUUGUGGCCGACGCCUCCAAUUUCGCUAUAGGUGCUGCCCUCCAGCAACAGACGCCCACUGGCACCCAGCCCUUGGCUUUCUACUCUGCCAAAUUGACACCCCCACAAACUCGCUAUAGCACUUUUGGUAGAGAACUUCUUGCAAUUUAUUUAGCCAUUAAGCAUUUUCGUAAUUAUAUUGAGGGCCGAGAUUUUUGUAUUUAUACUGACCACAAGCCUCUUACUUAUGCCCCCUCUACUUCUUCUGACAAGUAUUCACCCCGCGAGGCCCGCCAUCUCGAUUUUAUUUCUCAGUAUACCACCGAUAUUCGAUUUCUUAAAGGCCUUUAUAAUCAAGUUGCUGACUGUCUUUCUCGGCCUGGCAUUAAUGCCAUCACCCGCCCUUCCAUCGAUAUGGAGCGCAUGGCAGAACUGCAAAAUCAGCCGUCUUUCAGUGAGAGCCUUCAACACACUAGUCUUCAACUCGAAGCCAUUCCUCUUUCCACCACCCCCGGUACAAUCUUGUGUGACGUAUCGCGCGGUGCCUCCCGACCCGUAGUGCCAAGCGAGAUGAGACGAUAUGUUUUUGUCGCGUUGCACAAUCUUGCCCAUCCUGACAUCCGCACUACCCAGCGCCUCGUCAGCGAGCGGUUCGUUUGGCCAAGCAUGAACACUGACAUCCGCCAGUGGACCCGUUCAUGUUUGGCCUGUCAGAAGGCCAAAGUCGGACGGCAAAACAAAGCCCCCAUUGGCACUUUCCUCGCACCCGACGCACGUUUUUCGCAUGUCCAUAUCGAUCUGGUAGGUCCCUUUCCAACAUCUCGUGGUUGCAACUACUUACUUACUGCGACUGACCGAUUUACUCGUUGGCCCAUUGCAACUCCCAUACCUAACAUAACUGCAGAUUCCGUUGCUCAUGCAUUUUUUGGAACACUGGAUUUCUCAUUAUGGCGUCCCCUCAACCAUUACCACCGAUCGAGGUCAACAAUUCGAGUCUAGACUUUUUAACAGCCUUACCAACCUCCUCGGAUGUUCUCGCAUACGCACGACAGCAUACCACCCCUCAUCCAACGGUUUAGUCGAGCGUUUCCACCGGCAACUCAAAGCCUCGCUCCGAGCUCAUGACAACCCUUCCCAUUGGAGCGAGCAUGUGCCUUUGGUCAUGCUCGGUAUCCGUACCGCACUCAAACCCGACUUGGAGUGUUCCGCUGCCGAACUUGUCUACGGUACUACCCUACGGAUUCCAGGUGAUUUUUUCGGGUACUCUCAAAGCUCAGCGGACUUGGAUCCCAGCGAUUAUGUGCAAAGAUUGCGCCAAGCCAUGACUCAUCUUCGAGCCACUCCUCCACGUCCUUCAACAAGUAAGUCGUACGUCGAUCCAAGCUUACUAACAUGUUCUUUUGUAUUUGUCCGCAUAGAUAGCGUUCGCCGGCCACUACAACAGCCCUAUGACGGCCCAUUUCGAGUACUAUCGCGCAAGGACAAGCACUUUACAAUUGACCGUGGAGGCCGCACCGACGUGGUUUCAAUCGAUCGCCUGAAGGCGGCUUAUACCGAGCCUCUUCCAACUUCUCCAAUCGAACAACCUCCACUUGGCACAUUGCCACUUGCUAUUUCCCAGACUCCAUUUACGCCCAAUAACCCUGCGUCUUCCCUUAUCCCACAGACUCCUCCCCUUACGCGCAGUGGUCGUCAUGUCCGUUUUCCCGACCGUUACCAACUUGUACAAUAUGCAUAACACUCCCACAUUUCUCUUCUAUUAACAAUAGUUUUUUUUGAACUCCGUUCUCCUAGGAGGGGGAGUAUUGUAGUGACAUUUAAGUCUGUUUUGUUUUAAUCAGUUACAAUACGUUUUGACACAACUUUGAAUAAGACAAAGAACACGCACGUGCACUUUUACCUGCUGACGACUUUGUUCUUAUUUACUAGCUUGUAACUGUUGGGAUACUGCUACUUUCGUUUCCUGGAUAGCCUACUCGCUGUGCCCAACUAGUGGGUUUAAUCUCUUACAAAUCAAUGCAAGUCCUUUCGCCGAUUCGUGGUUACACCGGCGGUCAGAUGACACUAGUGGCGUAAACAACUUGUCUCGGCAUUUUUGCGGCAGUAGCUUACAGCGACACAAGUGGACGUCGCUCUGGUGAACGCCGCACGAGUGUGCGUCCGAAGCUGGUUGUCGCUGGUGCGCGUACGUGAUAGGCGCGGCGUUGCCAUAGGAACCUGUUUUUGCGCCAUUACUGGUUUGUAUGCCAUCUGGAUGACAGGGCUUUUAAAGCCACAUUAGCAAAGAACACUUGCAGUGUGACCCCCCUUCCUGAGACGAUAGAGUUGUCUCCUCAGUUGGUAGCCUUCCAAGUCAUGACCUCCAGCACGUUGGGAUAGAUAUAGAGUCGGAGAAUGCGUUGAGAUGUUCUGGGAGUACAGACCCCAGAUUCGGCAUCUCUCCCACUACCCUCACCGAAGCGCCGGUCCGCUGUCGGAGCUGGUGUGCCAAACGAUGGUGACAUUGGACCCACGGCAACACGAACCCGCCUACUUCUUUCCAAAACAGCCUAGCUCGUUCUCAGGUUGCCCUAUAGAAUACUCGUCCCACUUAAGCAAUAGGCACCUAUGUUGUGCACGUAUUGGGUGAUGUGAAGCAAGUUUGCGUACGGUCUGGCGAGGUGUGGUGACGGGUUAUGGCCGUGGCUGAUGCGUAAAAAAGUCUUUUACUGGCGUGUGCUGACGCGUGCCACAACCCAGCAUUAUCCUCACCUCGACCAACUUAGGCCAAACCCCUUAUUCCCCUUCCUAGUGGCCCGCUCCCUUCCUCUCUGCAGCUCGUGUGCAACUUAUUUUUACCAAUCCUGUUCUCGAACAAGUCUACUGGUUCUACUAUGUCGUCUAUUAUUGCAGAAGUCAGAGCGUGAAUGGCCGAUGCAUUCGUUCGGCAUGAUUGGCGCGCUUGAGAGAACUUGCUAAAUACUAGAUUGAAUAAAAGUUUAUUGAAUGUUGCCACAGCCCUUGGCAGGUGGUACAUAAAAUUCCGCAAUUCGUCACCAGAUGUAGGGCUGGAUUUGCAUAACGUUAGCUGCCCGGGUUGCUUUCGAACCAUUCACUAGCACGUGACCUGCUAAAAACAACGGGCAGCCUUUCGAUGAAGUUGGGACGUUAAUUCUUAGCUCUUUCGGAUUGCGUUUUAGCCUGCCAGUUUCAUAUUUACAUAUCCCUUCACAAGAAUUAAAUCGCUUUGGGUGAUAUAAAAAUGACACGUUGGCAAACUGUACUGGAAGUGCCUAGACGUUAUUCACCACCCCAGCCUAGUUGCCCGCCCUUCAUAACCGACGGUGUGUAAAAUCACAUGAUUUUGUGGUUGAUGUGGACCAGUGCAGUUUAACAGGUGUCGAUUUAUCCGCAUAUACUGAAAUCCGCCUGCAAAGAACUGCCAUUGACGUCAAAGUCUCAAGUGUGUUUUGUUAACAUCACCACUUACCUCUGUCCAAACGUCGAUUUUGCUUGUGUCCCGCAGACCAAGUUCUUUAUUGGGAGUGAAGAGUAAGUUAGCUGCUCUGUGAAAAUAGUAAAUUGCCAAGCGCAAGGUCAGUUGUGAGGGUUCGCAAAGCAAUCUGGCCGUUGUUUUAAAAUGAUAGCAGUAAAGUGUGAACCUGGGCAUCCAGCCUGAUUUUAGCCGCAGGGACAUUUUGGCAGUCACUGUUUUCGGCUCAUAAGCAGCUUUUUGCUUAUGCUGAUGAGCAUGUUAUCUUUUUACACCCGAAAGCAGAAAAGAUCAUGAUCCUUCGAGUGUUCGCUUAUGUGUUGACAUUAUGCUCGGAGUUAUGAAAAACAUAGGGUCACGGUCCUCUUGCCCAAAGGCGUGCCUUCUUCAAACUUUAAAAUGCUUUAUGUCUGUUGCAACUGUUGCCGGUUCAUGGGCAAUAGUUUCGAAAAAAACGUGAUAAUAUAUUGUAAAAGAACAUCGAUUUAAUGAUGAUUGGACUGAAUAUUCGCCACAAAUUCGUACGAUGGAUCACAGUGUAGACAUCCAUCGGCUGAAAAGUAAGGUUUUGUGGAAGAGAUGGUGACCGACGUAGAUAUUCAAAAACACGUUGCUUUUACAGUAGGUGGGCUAAAGCAUGAAAGGUCAAUCGAAACUCCAGAAUGCGUUUUCGCUUCAAAAAAGCAUAAUUAAAUAGGAAUGUAAAACCAAUCAUUCUCCAGCAUAAUUCUAUAAUACUCCAGUUACAUCAGGAUGCCGGCUUUCGAAAGAAAUAUUUGUUGGCUGCAUGCAAAAACCACACUCUGUAAAACAUGACUACCCAUUAAGCAUAAACUUUUCUUAUUGAUCUUCUAUGCCGUUAAAAGUUCAAUAAUAUUUCAUGGAAAACAUAUAUAAAUAUAUUCAUUCUUUUGCUCAUUUGGUAGAAUAGUCCAUUAUUUACAAAUUUCUACUCGAAGGAAUAGUAUAAUUCGACUUUAGCAAAGUUACUGAUUUUGAGAUUUUUUUUAAAAUCGUGAAGUGAACGUUCACAAAAUGUCAUGCGUCUGCAUUUAGCAGUUUGACCUGCAAAGUUAACCAUGUGUCUCAAAUUAACUGGUAAAAUUUAUGAACACUAUAUUGUCCGCCAUAUUACUGUGCGCGGAAAAUAUACGGCAUGUGUUUCGGUAACCGAGAACGAAAGUGUAACGGCAGGUCGCGUCCAAAUUUAUUCGGGAACUGGAAAAGUUUUUGAAAACCGAACUGUACCCUUUCUUCGAGUAUAACAUUGUAAGAGGACGUCAUAUUCUACCGAAUGGGCCAAGGAAUAAAUAUGCUUAUGCGUGUAUUUCAUAAUAUAUUCAUAAAUUGUUAGGGGCAUCGAAAAUCAAUGAGGAAAAUCCAUGGGAAUCAAGCAGCCAUUUAUCACACAGCAUAGUACUUGCAUGUAGCCCGAAAGGAGUCCACGCGAAGACCGGCAUCCUGGUGUAACUGAAUUAUUGUAGAAUUAUGCGGCAGGAUGACUAGUUGUACAACCCUCCUCAAUUAAUCUUUUUGAAACAAAAAAUGUAUUCUGGAAUUUCGGCGAACAUUUCAAGAGUAAGCCAACCUAGUGUAUGUGGCAAAGAUAUUAUACAGUACUCCCGACAUAGGUACCAGUUAAAAGCCCAGACAAGUUUUUCCCCGAUUGCCAAUAGAAACGAAGAGCCGAGUCCCAGGAAGUAGUCUUGAAGAAGGAGACACGAUCGCCGGGACAAGAGCUUUAUUAGCCUGACGUUUCGGAUUCCUGCUCGAAUCAAUCAUCAGAGACAUAAGCAGAUAAGGGUGGUUCAUGCACAUGUGGCUGCAGUAUUUAUAGGAUGCAGUAGCCAUGCCACCGCAUACCUAUGAAUGUUCACGGCUCCCUCCUCUUCAUCAGGGAUCGUUGCACGUGAUGUUUCACCGAUAUCCUGCCGCUGUGUGACACAACUUUGGGGGAUCCGGCUCCUUCGGGGAUCUCCCAGCCUCCUCGUUGCAGUAGUUGCACCUCCAGUGGAUUCUAUCUCUGCACUGAAAGCAUUGCCUCUAAACAGAAACACGAACAAGACUUCAGGAAUUCUAUUUGCUAUUGAGUCAUAUACGAAGGGUCAGAUCAAACUAUCCUCUUAGUCUAGGUUAAAACCAUUAAGAAACCUAAGAGAAGUAAGGUUUCGGCGGACAAAGAACGACCAACCCUGAUUUUCGACAAGUCAGAAUAUAUGGUGAAAUUUACUUAUAUUAAGUCAUGAAAUCUGACCUUGUGAACAAAAAGUAAUAUUUUAAAACGAAUGCAUAUAAAAAAAACUUUGUCAGACGGAGGCAACGGAGGAGACUAAGAACCUGAUCCGACACCAAGUGUCGUCUCUCCUGAUGGCCCACAGGCCGCGGGAAGUGCUUUCCAAGGUCGAACGUGAUGCGCUUAGAGAACUCAAGGCCGACAAAGACCUGGUCAUCGUGCCAGCGGACAAAGGACGACCCACAGUUGAACUGGACAGGACAGACUACCUUCAAAAAGCCAAAGGUUUACUGGAGGACCGACAGUUCCAUGUCCCAUGUGCAACGAACCCUUUAAAGGCACUGACACGCGAAAGUAAUGCUACGUUGUUGGCCUUGGAGAACUCAGGUGCAAUAACACCGACCGACAGACGCAUGGCGAGACCCCAAGAUACGGCUUUGGCCCGAUUCUAUGGCCUCCCUAAGGGGACUCCAACGUACGGACUGGCUAAGUGGCUGUUCCGGCGUCUCAAGUUCCUGACCGCUGAGUCAGACACCACGGUCUCUUCGUCAGCACAAUUCCUGGAGAAACUCAAAGGGGUAAGUACCCAUCCAAAUGAGGUCAUGGUAUCUUUUGAUGUUACAUCCCUUUUUACUUCAUAUUCCCCAGGACCUGGCAUCGAGACAAUUGAGUUGCCACUACUAAACAAAUAUGAUGAAACGGAGAACCGUCUUGGACACGCCCAAAUCCUUCAGCUCCUGAAGCUCUGUCUCGGGACGUACUUCACGUUCGACGGGACAAUCUACGAACAGGUGAAGGGCACACCAAUGGGUUCGCCGAUUUCGGGAUUCAUCGCCGAGGCGGUCCUGCAACGGUUAGAGUCGCUGGUCUUCCAACACCACAGACUGAAAUUCUGGGCACGGUAUGUGGAUGAUACCUUCGUCGUCAUCGAACGGGAUCAGGUGUUGACAUUCCAAGAACAUCUCAACGCCGUCUUCCCGGACAUUCAAUUUACGAUGGAGGAGGAAGAGAACAACCAGCUGGCCUUCCUGGAUGUCCUCGUAUGCCGCAAGGAUUGUGGUGGACUAAAGACCAAAGUGUUCAGGAAAGCGACAAAUACGAUGCAAGUACUGAACUUCAACAGUAACCACCCAAUCAGCCACAAACGCAGUUGUGUAAGGACGCUCUAUCGGCGUGUCGAAACGCACUGCAGUGAGCCGGAAGACAAAAUUGCUGAACUACAAUACCUCCGACGGGUCUUCAAAGCCAAUGGCUACCCGCGCAACUUCGUCGACCGGUGCAUACGCAAAAGGGACGAAAGGCCUAACCGCACGGACACCAAGUCUUGGCGGGCACUUCCGUAUGUCAAGAACGUUUCGGAAGCUGUCGGCCGCCUUCUCGCACCACUUGGGGUUGGAGUGGCACACAGACCGGAGGCAACCAUCAGGCGUCUGAUCAUGAAACCGAAAGACCCACUGCCACGGCUAGAAACGUCUGGAGUCGUUUAUCGGAUCUGGUGCAGUUGCGGACAAAGCAACUACGUCGGAGAAACCGGAAGACAGCUCCGAACGAGAAUGGCCGAACACGCGGCAGCGGUGCGCAGAAAUGACGCCAGCUCUCAAGUUGCGGCUCAUUCGACGAGANGGCAGCAUGGCUACUGCAUCCUAUAAAUACCACAGCCCCUUGUGCAACAACCACCCGUUUCUGCUCUUUUGUCUCUGAUGAUGGAUUCGAGUAGGAAUCCGAAACGUCAGGCUAAAAAAGCUCUUGUCCCGGCGAUCGUGUCUCCUUCUUCAAGACUACUUCCUGGGACUCGGCUCUUCGCUUCUAUUGGCAAACUUUGAAAUGUUGCCACAGAGCGGCAAAAUGUCCCCCUACGUCAAUCGCGUAGCGGAAAGGCCAACGUACCUGCGGACUGGCUAAACGGUUUCCCAAGCAUUUGAACAAACUGACGGCCGGGCCAGAAGCCGCUGGAGUACUGUUUAAGCAGGUACUCCACAUUUAAAGACCCUGUUUACGAACAAAGCCAGUGCACUUCCACAGGAUUCCCGAUCUCCAGCUAACUGGCUUAGACGAUCUUGCCGCAACUGGACACCAGGUGUUUUUAAUUCCAGCAAGCAAAUAUUGGAUGACACAAUUGUCAUUCCAAGCUGAGACAAAAAGGGCCUUUAAAUCGAAAGGAAAUUCGGUGUUUUCUCAAAUGUAAUCUGCACUGGAAUGGGAAAAUGGGGAGAAUAUUCCCGUUGUUUAUAUCAGGGUUUUGAGGCAUGCAGACUGAACCCCCCACUACAAAAGCGGGUAUUCCCUGUCGCUUAAACUCACUUCUGUUCGGGCACUCUUUUAAUCCAGCAGCGAACAUUGCAUCCAAAAUGCCAAGAGAAUGUGAGAGCUUAAGACAAAUUGCCUGCCCCCUAGUGUGUACUUAUAUAGCGUAAUAAACAAAUGCAUGCAGCAAGGGCGCACGCAGACAGACGAUGAGCAAAAAGGAAGGGCGCACAUAAUUCGUCCCUCGUCUCUGAAGCCACCGAAGGCCACUAUCCAUCACUAUCACACAAACAACACAAUGGUUCACUGCGAACGUAGAACACGUCUGGAGUUAUUUACCCCGUCAACUGUCUAGAAGGGCCAAGCAUUUCUGCGUGACCGAUACAUGACGAUGGACGCCCAUGUUCGAACAUGUUUUAGCCGUAAGGCGGAUAAAUGAACUUUUGCAUGUCGCCAUGCGCAGCCCCAAUAAUAAUCACUCCCUCGCCUUUGGCCGUGCCAAAGGGCUCGUCAGAGCUAAGGAAAAAACUGGGGGAGUGAAAAACGAAGCCUUUUGCUUUGAUGUCACUUUGAUCGACUCAGUAGCGGUAUACGAGGCCAUCAGGCAGUACUUGCGUGCGAGAGGAGGACCAAAGAGAAAAGAGUGUGAUUAAUUUAAAAAAAUCGUGUACUUUCCGUAUCGUCAGCCUCAAAUGAUUUGCUCAGUUGCAAGUGUAAAAUGUCAGGUAGCCAAAUAAUCCCCCCCCCGGACAUCAUCUUGCAUUUUCCUUCCUUAUACAUGCGCGUAGCGUUUCGAGCUCCACGUACUUUAUAGUGUUAAUCAAUUCCCAAUAAGAUGCAGAUAAAGAAGAAGAAGAAGAAGAAGAAGAAGAAGAGCAGAACCAAUAAUUUGAAAUAUAUGUGGACUGACGUUUCGGAGCCUCUAAAUUUCUUUCACCAGAGUAGUGUGGUGGUUGUUCCCGUCGGCCUCAGCCUUGCUGCCUGUCUUGCGUUGUCACCGUAUUCUAUUUACGAAAUUUGACCUACCUGUUCGCUGCUGAUCAGUCGUUGCCCGUGUGUGACCGCUCGUAUGACCGUCGCGGCCGUCGACGUUGUUGCCAUGCUAACAUGGUUCUUGGUCUGCCAGUCGAGGGACCAGUCGUUGUGGCUCCUUUGGGUUGAUUUCGGUCUCGUUUACUCGUCAAUGAGGCCGUUCCACUCUGGUUACGUGAACUACAGCGGUUCACACCUUCAUACUUCAGAGUCACCAGAAGUAAGAACAAAUGUCUUCUUGAUAAGAAGAAAUUAGAAUAAAUGGGAGAGUGUCAUCAAAUCCCGUCCGUUCCCCUUUGUCAUAGUCCCAAUUUCGAAUAAGGUCUAAUCACCUAAAGAAUUCCAGAAAAAUCAGGUAAGUCCACGACCUAUAACACAAAACUUCCAUUGCUGGUAUUCUUAACUUAAAUGGUUUGUUCUACAUUGGUAGAAAAAGCGAUACUAGGCAUGGCCAUUAAUACGGGGUUACGACCUUCAACUGUCGGCCUCACAUUUCACCGAGUAGAAAACUCCACAGUCAGAGGGUAGACAUGUUUGUUUUGAAGGCGCCGAUGGAUAUAAAGUGUCUGUUUUUCGAAGGCAGCAAUGCACGUUUUGGCUGAUAAGAUUGUUAAAUGACGGUGAUCGAUGAGUACAGAUCUUGCAAGGUAACUGCAUUUGAGAGGGCUAAAAAGGAUCUGUUGAGUCAAACAUGGCUUGAAACAUGGAGUCGGUGGACCUAGUUGCUCCCAUGGCCUUAACAGGCCUAGCAGGGAAUAAUCCAAGACCCAUGCCCGAUGUGAUGAUACCGUAUAUAGAUAACAAAUGUACCAUGUAUUGCGAGUUUUACACAGUAAACUCUACUGAAAUCGUCAUUUACGCCAAAUGAACCAUAUCUGCCGACCAAAGUUAUUUAGGCAAAAAAUGAAUUUUUUGGUUAAAUCACCAGGAACUGAUAUUACGGCGCACACAACUUAAGCACUUUAAUUAAUGGACUAUUUGCAAAAACCUGUGUAACUAGAGUUUUUGAUGUGCUGAUAUGAUCGUGCUGUUCAAGGCGUCGUUUUUAAACGAGUAUAUGUUCAUUCAGUUUCAAUGUCUGAUAGAAUUCCGAAAAAUAGCACCAAAUGCCAGCAAUAGGAAGUGUGCAAUGCAUGGAGGAUAUUUGACAUUAAAGACCCUCGGAUGAGCUAUAACUAACCUGGAGCGCCAUUUGGCCGGUAGUCCCCGAUCUGUGCAAAAUGAACUUUAGAAAUUCCCGCUAAGUUUUUGUAUUCCACAAUAGAGUUCAUUCGAGUAUACGCACAGCGGGGAGCAAUUAAAAACCUAAAGACAUUACCGUGCGGGUCAAAGCAGACAGAGAAUGACACUGUUGGCAAAUUUUUCGUUACUAAACACCACAAGCAAUGCCCAGCUCUGAAUUUCCAAAAAACUAUCUUCCGGCGUUUAGUAAUAAAACAUUUAUUCCGAGGUUUUCAGAUUGGUCGAUUCUCUAGACACCGUAAGAACAAAGGACUCUUAAAUGACCACUUUCUGCAGAUUAACCGAAGCCUAUCAUUCCUUGCUCCUCUAAGUUAUGGAAUCUUGCUAUUCGUUCAGGGCCUUUCUAACCCGCAAACAUCUAUACCACCGGUCUCCUAUCGUUCUAGACAGAAUGUCUCCGUAUGUACGUCUAAUUUAUGGUUGAAUUGGGACUGUUUAUAAGCCCUUAUUACUUUUCCCCAGUUCCUUAUCGUUGUUAAACCUCCUCCUAGGAUGUGGGACAAUAUAUAAUAAACGUCCAUGAAAGCAUAAGUGACAUGACUGUAGUCACUCCCGACUAACUUACCAGCAGCCGGAAAAGAUUACUUCAGCUUCCUCUGAAUAAGCAUUCACGCUAUAGUCGCACGUGAUUUAGGAGGUUCUCGCACAUCUCACCAUGAAGCAAACAAGUUGUCUGCACAAACUCGUACUUUUAGCAAAAACAAAUACGACAGAUUUCGAUGCAGGAAAACAUGGUCACGUGACCUCUGGCCUGUAAACACGACGUGGCCCAGCCCCCUUCCCUGUCCUUCGGGACUUUUCCCCGGUCAUUGCACGAAUGGGCCUCCUGACACCCGUCAUCCAUCAUCAAAUGGCUGCGGGUCUGCACACAUGUGCACGCAAAGCUUGGGGGGGCAGGACCGUUACUCAACACUCAACUACCAUAGUUGCUGAAUAGAAGAAACACGUCUACUUUAGACUGUAGUAAUUUUUCUCAUAGAUUACGCACGGUUAACAAAAAUCUACGAGAAUUUUAAGACUUUAAGACGUUUGACAUUCUGAGCAAAGCAUGUGCCCUGCAUCAUAUGUGCAUCAGAAAGUUCUGAAGCUGCCUUGCGAACAUGAUUUAUGUUCAUGUAAACUUAAAUAGACGGAGUAAUUUUAAAGAUUUGAUAAGUUCAUAAUGAUACUUCUAAAGGAUGAUUCCGAUUACGUCUGGUCUAUCCUCUCAACCACAUUGCCCAACUUUUGCCACUUACGUUCACGUCUUAACCUAUAAUUCACUCGUUCACGUCCACAGAGUGUAUUUUGGCAAUGUCAAUACAAAUAUGCUUUCCCUGCUGUCCAGAAAUCAUAAAGUUAAUGUGUAAACGAAUCAUCACUUCCCAGUUAUAGUGCUGGCAAAUAGGACUCACGGAGAGUAUUUAAAUUGGCCCAUACUGCUGCGACCGAUGAAGUCAUACGCAACGUAAUAACGAUCGUAUUUUACGUUCGUUUGGUAGGCAAUCGAUCAGAGUCGAUAUUUAGUUUGUACGUACCGGAUCGUAAAACUAAUCCUCUUGCAGCAUAAUUCUAUAGUAAUCCAGUUACCUCAGGAUGCCGGUUUUGAAAGAUUUUUGGCUGCAUGCAUGCAAUGUAAAAAAUGACCAUUCACGUAGCAUGUAUUUUUCUCGCUGAUUUUCGAUGUGCUUAAAUAUUUUAUUUUACCACAUGAAAAACACGCAUGAAGAUAUUCAUUUCUUUGUCCGUUUGGUAGAACAUUACGUUUUCUUCCAAUUGUAUACUCAAAGGCAUUGUAUCAUUCGAUUUUAACAAAGUUUCUAAUUUUGAGAUUUUUUAAUACGGUGAAACUGCCGUUCACAAAAUGUCAUGCCUCUGCAUUUAUCCGUUUGGCCUGUAAAGUUAACAAUAUGGCUCAAAUUUACUGGUUAAUUUUAUGAACCAAAUAUGGUCCGCCCUUAUUACCGUUGGCGGAAAAUGUACGGUUUGUGGUUUGGUAACCCGGAACGCAAGUGUAACGGCAGUUUGCGUCCAAAUUUUUUCGGGAACUGGAAAAGAUUUUGAAAACCGAACUGCACCCUUUCUUCGAGUAUAGUAUUGUAAGAAGACGUCAUAUUCUACCGAAUAGGCCAAGGAAGAAAUAUGCUUAUGCGUGGUUUUCAUGAAAUAUUUUUAAAUUGUUAAGGGCAUUGAAAAUUAAUGAUAAAAAUCCAUGGGAAUCAAGAAGCCAUUUAUCACACAGCAUAGAUUUGCAUGUAGCCCGAAAGACGUCCACGCGAAUACUGGCGUCCUGGUGUAACUGACUUAUUGUAGAAUUAUGCUGCGGGAUGACUAGUUGUACAACCCUCUUCAAUUAAUCUUUUCGAAACAAAAAAUGCAUUCUGGAAUUUCGACAGACAUUUCAAGAGUAAGCCAACCUAGUGUAUGUGGCAAAGCUAUUAUACCGUACUCCCGACAUAUGUACCAAUUAAAAGCCCAGACAAAAGCCCAGUUAAAAGCCCAGUCAUUUACCGAUAUUCUACCGCUGUGUGACACAACUGCGAGGGAUUCAGCUCCUUUGUGGGUCUCCAGCGUCUUCUUUACUGUUUCGGUGUAUGAGCUCCAGAGGACAAGUUCUUAAAAAAUUUCGUAAAUUAUAUGCUUGAUUAUUCUUUGGAGUUCAUAUGCCGGAAACCGCAUAGAGAACGCUGGGGGACACAGUGAGGACCCGGACCCUCGCUAAAUUUGUAGGCCUUCUUAACAAAGUAUUAUUUCUGCUUGCCGUCGAAAAGAAGUGCUUCCGAAAUCUGGCAUCCUGAGGUAACUGAAGUAUUAUAUAAUUAUGCUGCAAACGGAUCAGUUUUACAAACCUACUUGAUUAAUCUUUUCAAAACGAAAAUGGAUUUCGAAAUUUCGGGUGACUUUUCAUGAGUUAACCCACCUUCUGUAGAGCUGUUCACAUUGCGAUAACUGGCAUUUAAACAUCAAGCGUCGUUUAGCGGACUUCGUGGCCGGCGGCCAGUUCAUCUCUUUUUUUGAGGAUUCUAAUAUAGCCUCAGAGGAGAGGCGGGGUCUGACUGUGGCUGCAUAUCUGGAGUUUUCCAUCCCAUAGUUGCUAUCAGGCAUUUGUCAUUGUUGGAGCUGCUUCGACUUACUUUCUUCAUCAGUGCAUUCAUUUUGUGAAUCGAAGACGGCCUUUGUAUUAAUUCAUGAACUUGGUCGCCUAAGCAACGAUUUAUCGUAAACGGAGCUUCACGGGACAGCUUUCCCCUGCCCUUGCGCAUGGAUUUUUACUGUUGACUCAGGUUAUCUUAAUGGAACACGAAGGAUUUCGUUCGAAUUAUGCAAACAUUAUCCUAAACAUUUUACUGACAAAGAAAAGUGUGAUCUGCAUGAACUGCCCUGGUCUCUUUCACGUAAUCAUUCAGUAAGUCUGCGAAAAAUUCCGAAAAGUCCGUGGAUGAGAACCCAAGCAUCUGAUUCAAGUGCUUCUUUACUUGGAUCCAGAGCCAAAGUAGUUUCCACUCCGGGUGAAGUGUGGCCGUAUUCAAAUGGGAGGGAAUGCACCGUCUGUAGAAAGGAAAGCGGUCGAUGACAUUUGCCACACAGAUCCAGCGGCUUUUGGACGAUCUUUAUCCCGACCGUCUCGAAAAAAUUACAUUCUUUAAAAAUGACUGCUCAAGUAGCCUACAUAUAUCUCAUUAAGUUCGAUGUCCUUACAAACUUAAAUAUGCUCUAUUAAGAGCAUCUGCAUAACGUACGUCAUACUUAAAUUCUAUACUGGAGGACAGAACAUCGUCCGGUAUUUAAAAAGUCAAUAACUAUGGUAUUUAAAUCGCGGGAUCUACAUUCAAAAAGACUGUAUCUUUACAUUAAUUAAUGUUGCUUUAGGGCAAAAACAGUGCGACCCAAAUCCACAGCAAAAAGUUUAUGAAUCCCGUACAGUAUCUUCUUAGCAGCCCAGAACAAUGCAAGUUUUUCCCAACAUUGAAGACAUGCAACUUGUGGUCGGUAACCCUGAAUGCAGGUGUAGUGGUAGGUCAAGUUAAAAGUUAUUUGGAAAUGAAAAAGUUUUUAAGCCAAAUUGUACUAUUCUUUCAUGAUAAAAUUUAAUCGAAGUGUAUUUUACUACCAAACAUGUAGAAGGAUAAAGGGUUGCGUGCAUGUUUUCCAUAAAAUACAUCUACAUUUGUAAGAGCAUUGAAAACGAAAAAAAUGCAUACAACCUAGGCAAUAAAUUUGCAGACUGUGGGUUUUUGCCGACGGCCGAAACGAAGCGUACUUGAAUGCCAACAUCCUGAUAUGACUGAAAUAUCCUAGGAUCCUGCGGCAUGGUCGCUAAUAUGACAAGCCUCCCCAAGUUCUCGUUUCGAAUCGAGAAGGCGUUUUGGAAGUUCUAUGAAACAGCACAUUUACCGUAUGUAACCCUUCCCGCCGUCCUUCAGACAGCAUUGCGUUAGAUUCCAGGGGAGUAAAUAAUCCUGUGACUCAAAACUCAGUCCAAAUCCUAGCCCGCUUAGCUCUCCUAGCCAUAACCGUAGAUUAAAUCGCAAGGAAUAUAUCGUAGAAUGAUAUUUAUUCCCACGUCCUACCAUGGAGUCCUCAAUGACGAUAGCAUGGCAAUUGGUGGCGCUAGGCGCCUUUAUGGGGAAUCCUUUACGCCAUUCUGCUUCUAUAAUCCGUCAUGAAAUCCGAGGGUUAUCAUGCAAAACCGGUGGAAGCACGCGUUCAUUGUUUUCAGCCGUCAAUUCCUUUUCUGUUAUGCGCUCAGACAUUUGCGGUCACCUGGAAUUUUAUCCAGUCACCCUUGUCUUUGUUGAAUAACCCACCAUGGAUGAGUGCCUAGAGAGAAACUUCCCAACUUUAAAUAGCAUUUUUGAUUUGGGCCUUUGCUGGCGGUUACAGCAUUUUUUCAGUCAACGCACAGUCAAAAACUUUGUUUUUGACACCGAUGCAAAGCUACUUCGAAAACAUACACAGGAGACCAUGGCGCAAGGAUAUGUUUUAAGGGCACUAGUCUGUUCGACAAACUACAAAGGAAUGUCUCGUAAGGUACCUAGAAAGCAAUGGGUCAUUUAGUUUUGUCAAAGUAUUUCAGUCGUGAGUCUUUGCCUGCGAUCGCAUAAGGAUGAUCAUGCAGUAAUGGAUUGACGUAAUGCAGUAAUUUCAACAAGCGUUCCGAGAGAAUGAUCACCACUUAACUUUGUCAAUCAAGGCAUAAGAAAUCUAGACGGGAAACCAAAAUCAAACAGCCUCAAAUUCAGGCAAGUGUUCAACUCCUCUGGAACGCCGCUGCGGCCGUCAUUAGCCUACCAAAACCCUCACACCUCACGUAGACCUGAGACAACUGAAAUACUGAGUCCAGAGGCCGAAAAAUCCACUGCAACGACCAGAAACGUCUUGAAUCGUCUAGCGGGCCCUUAGCAGUUGGGUUAAAAUCAGUUUCGUCAAAUAAACUUGAAGACUCCUUCAGUAAUGAACUGCAAAGCGCGUAACAACGGUGAGAAUGAAAAACGCCAACUCCCAGGUAGAGGCUUGUUCGAUACGACCCGACCAUGAACUCAAGAUCGACGACGCUGAAACGCUCUCGGCGGGUGACAACCGAGUGGACGGGGGUUACAUGAGUCAUGUUUCUUUGGAUCCAGUCUAUCAGCAAACAUGUUUGUGCGAGAGCUUUAAGAUUCCGAUUGUUGAACUGGGGUGUCGUUUGGUUUUCUAAUAGCAUGUGUGUAAUAACAUUUGACCAUACAAAUUUUGCCCCAAGAACAUAAUCAAUAAAAAAUAGUAUUUUGCGCUUCAUACAAAGCGGCACCACUCUUGCUAAACUUUUUGGUGAUAGAUCUAGUUUUAAGCGCUUUAAUCUUUAUUCCUUCUAUUGCCAGGGAAAAUUUGUGCUAGAUGGUAAUUUUAAAGUGUUGCGAAGUCAUUUUUAAAUGGAUGACUGCAGUAGGAAGACAUUAAGCGGCCCAGGAGGUAAGAUAUUUCCAAAAUGGAAAUGAGCAAGACGUAGUCAAAUCGUCAAAACCCCGAUUUCGCGUUGAAUGCUCCAUCAUUGAAGUAUCGACAACGCGCAUGUUAGUCGAACAGAAGAUCGUUUUCAUUUUUUAUUAGGCGAACCUGUCGAGACAGAGAGGACGAUAGCAAGACGUUUUCAGGAUAAGAAUUCGGGGAGACAGUAUCAGUAGGACAGUCCUUACAGUGACGGACUAGUAACAAACAGUGUGAAGGUCGGUGGAAGCUAGUGUGUUAGGUCAUUUUAUGGGCAGUCGAGACGUGAGGUGCAUGCUUGCGUCUAGGUCAUGUCAGUCGACAGCCAAUAGCGUCGAUACCGUGAAGCUAUCGCCACGCCGUGAACCGAAUCAUGUGGAGCGUAGGUACUAAACUGCCGCAUAAGUGAACUUUACGAAUGAGCAGUUGAACUGGCGACUACGAAGACAGACUGUCACGAACCCAUUGAAUUGUAGGCGGCAUUUCUUCCAGAUUGCCUGGCAAGCUCUUCAAAAGGUCAGGUCUAAAAUUACUCGUGAAUCAAAGAUGUCUUUCAAAACUCAAGGAUACUCUUUCUUCAGACAUAUACUUUUAAGUCCAAAUAAGUACAAAAAUGCUACCGGUAUGAAUUCUGUGAAAUAGAUUUAAAUUUAAGUGGGUACCCAAAAAUCAACUAAAAAUGCAUACUAUUUAGAUAGUGCAUUUUUACGGGAUGCAGUUCUUCCAAGCAGCCGAAAACAAGCUCGUUUAGACAGCCGCAUCCUUACAUGCUUGGAAUAUCUUUGGAUUAUGAUGGACGAUGUUUAAUAUUACAAUCCAACCUCAGCCGUCUUUGCUAAUCGAAAACGCACUGUAGAAUUCCGGUUGAUAUGUCAUGAUAAAGUCGGUCUACUGUAACAGGGAAUUACAGCAACCGUGUGAACUUUUAGAAACGUCCACUACAUUUUUCCCUUUACAGACAAUACCCAAAGUCUUUAAUCAUUUAGAUUGUUCCAAAGGAGCGCAAGCCUAUAGUAUCGUUAUUGUCCAAAUUUCUACCUUGACAAGAGCGCAACAAUAGCUUUCAUUUAUUCUUGACGUUGCAGCUAGCGAAAGUGAGGCUACCUUUUCUGCUGCUAUAAAGUCGAUCGUAUAUGAACACUCACGUACACGCACAAUAAGUUAAGAUGGUUGUUUUUAACGUUGUUUUGUCUGGUCGCCGUCCUUGUUUUCUCGCUAAGCGCAUCUGGACGACCUAUUGGCUGAUAUUCCUCUAGGUCGUCUACGCCUCUGCCAUAAAUAAAAAUCUCUGCAGUCAAAUAAGGCGCGGAUUAGAAAACACAAAUUUUUGGGAACUGAUCUUUCAAGCGCCUCACUUGACUGUCAAAACUUAGUUGAUAAAAGUUUGAGUAAGUCUUUUAGUGAUUGUAAACUUACGUUAUUACUUGAUGCACAACUCUCUCGUAGCAAAUUUGUUUGAACAAAAUUAUAUUUCUUUACAUUUUUCUAUUCUCUUCAGAGUUCAAAUGGAGGCUGUUGUCAUCUUGCUACUGUUUCGUAAGAACAAGUUCCUUCGUUUACCCAAUAUUUAUGACUCACUGUUUUUGUGCAUAUAAUACUUUUACAAAUUGUUACUUAUUUGUGCGUAAUUUUGCGAUAGGUUGUCUUCAUUUAAUUAAAUUACUAAAUGACGGUUUACUAUUUUCCGCCAGAGAGACACUAUUGGUGCGAGUUAGAAAAAAGCGUGGAUUCACACUAUAGCAAGUUUUACUGUCUAGUAACCUGUUAAAUGUUAGAAACGAAAACUUAACAAACACUUCAGUUCCUAUAUAGCUCCAGGUUUUAAGAGCACGACAGAGAAAGCUGAGCCUGAUUUUAUUUGAAAGAUAAACAUUAAUAUUGCUCCAUAAAAUGACUAACUGCUAACGCUUUAUUUUUUACUUGAUCUAGAAACGUGCCUUGCAGUUGAUUACCGUGUAGGCGAACUCACAACAUUUUACAGAUUUGAAUUCACGCCUCCGGUCACUAAGGUAGAUUACAUUUUUUGAAUUUAUAAAUUGUCAGGCAAGCUACCUUGUGUUGCCAGGGUGAUUACGAUGUUAAUUAAAAAUUGCAAAAUGACUUAAAGUUUAAUCUAUUUUAGGUUGCAACAUCCUCUCCCGCUAUAAAAAGUGGCGACUGCAAGAGAAAGGAGUUUUGUUACCAGAUAUUUAACGGUAAACCUUUCCAAAUUAAAAAUUCAUAUAUAAAUACAUCAGUAGUUUUAAACUGCCCGUACGCUUUUAGCAAGCAGAGGAGCGAUAGUGCGUGGAACAAUUUCCGAACCCGUUUCCGCCGUAAUCUUCUAUGUUCGACAAAGUUCAACUCCUCGUGCCCUUGUCAUUACCCGAAAAGACGCAGAGAAUAAAGGUACGCUUGUGGAUACUAUGCACUUUAUGGCCUAGCGAAUAAGUUUCAAGUAACAAGGGGUGACACAAGAGUGACGGGACUUCGACCAUUUUUGCAACAUCUAGCUAAAUAGUUCACAGACGCAAAAUGUGAAUUUAAAUGUAAAAGCGCAGUGAAUAUUCUAUCUCAUGCGAGGUUAACCGUUAUUUCAAAAUGUGUGUCCCACCCGAAGAGACUACUUAUGAUUAUAAUUUUACUUACCAUGUAGCAUGAUUCUAGGAUAUUACAACCACUUAAGACUUCUAGAUGGGCUUUAUUUUCGACUGCUUGCAGAAUCUAUAUUCUGUAAAAAGACUACAUAUUUAAUAGGAUUCUUCCUCAUUGAUUGUAGAUGCUCUCAUAAAUACAAAUCUAUUUUAUUGAAAAACAGCAUAAAAAUAUUCUCUUGUGCGCUCCUUUGUUAGAAGAUAGCGUUUUCUGUAAAUUUGGAAAAUAUUAUCUUUCGGCUUUUAAAAAGCUUCUGAUUGCGAAAUCUAGGAACUCGAAAUAUUCAUUCAUAUGACAUCGUACCCCUGCAUUUCAUAAUGUUGUUUGUAAAGUAUACAAUAUGGCGAAAUCUACCGCAAAAUAAAAUGAAAUUCAUAUAGUAUCUUCUCAGCAGAAUAUAAGAUUCAUGCUAUUCCUGCCAGUUUGUAGUUUGGAAACCCUGAAUGCAAGUGAACCGUCAGUUCGAGGCGAAAAUUACUCGAGAAUCUAAAGACGUUUUAAAACUAUAUUGCGCUGCUCCCCCAAGAAUAAAAUUUGAAGAAAAAUCAAUGGUCUUCAAAAGGGACAUAACAAUGAUUAUUAUUAUUAUUCAUCUCGUCUACAUAACAAAUUUAAUUUAUAGUGACAUCAGAAAUCAUAUACGAAAAGUCAUACUACUUAUGCAGUCAAUUUUUGCAAAAUAUAUUAUUUGCAGGCGGAAAAAACAGAAUCGUUCAAUAACUUUCAUUCUGAUAUGACUGGAGUAUCUCGGGAUCUCGCUUCACUAUCCUUAAUAUUACGACACUACUUAGGUAGACUUUUCAAAUCGAAAACACGUUUCAGAAUUUCGGCCAAGUUUUCAUGAUUUAGUCGACGUACUGGUCUAAAUUUUCGAUUGAGGAGGAGGUUAGACAGUGAAUUAAGCUCAACUACGACACAGAUUUUCAUGUCUAGUAUACAAUGGUGGCAAGAGUUUCACAUGUGUCUCCAUGUGUCAAGAUAUCAGUAAUCGUGUAAGUCAUGUACCGCUCGCAACAAAUCAGGAAGUGAAUCAUUCUAUUCACAAUUUCGAAAUUAAACCCGUUGGUUUUUCUACUGUCACCAGAACAUCAUGAUCUAUGCGCCUUUCUGUUUAGUUAUUUAAUGUGGCAUAUGCGAUUAGUGGCAACGUUUUCCUUACAUUUGCGUUUGCACUAGAACCGACACUUCCACGUGGCACGGUCGUUGACAAGACAGUGGAUCUGGAGGCAGGAUAUCACUUUGAAUACCUUGUCAUUUUUAAGAAUGAGGUCGAGGUACGCUAACAUCUGCCGAGCUUUUACCUCCCUAUUUUAAAAUCAACAGUAAAUUUGCAUUCUAAAAUUGCUUCUGUUAUUCAAAUCACAAAGAAAAUCGAUGUCUCUGGAGGCGCAAAAUUGGCGGGCGGCUCUACACCAUCCCCAACUCUGGGUGUCUACAGCCCGCUCUGUACGUCUUUCCAAGUUUUUGGUGUGUCAAGUGCAAACUAUUCAUCAAACCUCAUCCGUUUUAAUUACCUGGCAUCAUUUUUUUCAUUCGCAUUAAUCCUGAUACAUAAUGUGAUCGGGACAGAAAUAAUCUUAUUGUCGAGGUUUUUUAUGAAUAACUGAAAUAAUAUUACAAAACCCCUGUAUAAAAUGCAGAUCGCAAGCCAAUUUGCUUAUUAUUUAUAGACCUUAAGGACCCUCGAAGUGGCCUCGUUAUACUGAUCAGCGGAUACAUUGAAAAAACGCCAAUGUCUGUCCAGCUGCAGUAUGCAAACAGUGGAACCCAGACAUUCACCUUUUACCCACGGGAUGAAUAUGGAGCUUACUACCGUGGUUACUCUAUAUCCGACUCCAGUGGCGUGGCUUCAGUAAACCCCCUGUGGUGGGUAACACUUGCCGGAAUCUCUCUCCGUCUGCUUCAGGUGUGA